AAUAGUAUAAUGGAAAAUGUGAAAAAGUAAAAUAUUUUUAUAUGUAUGUUCGACACUUACCCCCAUUGCUUUCUUGUGUGCUUCAUCAAUCAAAGAAAAGGGCUAAGCAAAAACUGUUUUCAUCACUUUGAUUUCUUUGCUUCAUUUUGAAGGUUACCUUGAGCUAGAUAGGGUUCUGUGCAACUUGUUUAACAAUGUUGUUGGUGAUUUGAAAUUCAAAAGCAGUUUUGAUUUCAUCUUGGAGAAUGUAUGUGUUGUCUUGAUUGAUAGAGGAAGAUGGCAAACAAGUAAAGCUUUUCAAUUCUGUUAACUCAAUGGAUGAUCAACUUUAAAUAAAUUUGAAACCUUUUUUCAUGACUGCAAAAUUUCAUGUCGCCGUAUGCCAUCAGGAAGACGUUCUUUAAUGGAUUUGGAACCUGCCUACAAGAUGGAGAGCAUAAGAGCAGUCCAAGAGAUUCAGCAUGAAUUUUGGCCUCUUGAUGAAAUAAAUCCAGAGAAUGCUAAGUUCCCCUGUUGUUUAGUUUGGACUCCUCUACCAGUAGUCUCAUGGUUGGCACCUUUCAUUGGACAUGUAGGAAUAUGCAGAGAGGACGGUUCUGCCGUGGCCUUUUCUGGUUCCAACUUUAUUAACAUUGAUGAUUUUGCAUUAGGUUCUGUGGCCAAAUACCUUCAACUAGACAGAAAACAGUGCUGCUUUCCGCGAAACCUUGCUGCACACACAUGUAAGCAUGGCUAUAAACACACAGAGUUUGGGUCUGCAAUUACUUGGGAUGAUGCCAUCCAAUCAAGCGUUCGUCAUUUUGAGCACAAAUCGUACAAUAUAUUCACUUGCAACAGCUAUUCUUUUCUUGCUAAUUGCUUGAACAGGCUCUGCUAUGGCGGAUCAAUGGAUUGGAACAUGAUCAAUGUUGGUGCUCUUUUAUUAUUCAAAGGACAUUGGGUUGACAACAUGUCAAUCUUGAGAUCAUUUUCACCUUUUAUGCUAGUUGUAUGCUUUGGCAUUUUCAUGGUGGGAUGGCCUUUUUUGGUAGCAUUAUUGGCUUUCUCACUUCUUCUUUUGGCAUGGUUUAUUUUUGGUACUUACUGUCUCAAAAAUCUGUUGGAUUCCUAGGUUUCUUGUAUCACACUGCUACAAGAUUAAAAUUUGUUAAUCCUUAAUAUGUGAAGAACCCCAUAGACUUUGAUAACUCUGCACUGUAAAGUCACAAGUGUAGUGGAAUUUGGACAAUAUCAAGUUACCUAAUAGAUAUUCACUUUGAUUCAA